GAGCACCCCCAAAUGUUGCCGAAGACCACGGUUGGCUGCUAAGUGGCUCGCCGUCCGGGCAUUUUUCCUGGCCGGCACGGGUAAUUCGAGACGUGAUUGGUCACACACCGAACCCCACCGAAAACAUUCGGUCAACACUGUACCGACGGCAGCCGACUAAACUUUCCUGUUCUGCACGCGUCUGCAUCCCCUUGCAGUAACCAAUUCUCCCAGUCCUCGACACACUUUACAUCGGCAACAGAAAAGAAAUGCUGCCUGAUCCAAUAGUAGACGACGAAGAGUACGAGUCCUCGCAGGACUCCGACUUCGCGCCCGAGGACGCCAUCGCAGCAGAUGGCGCCUCCGAGGCGUCCGAUUCCGAGACCGACGGCGAAGACGCCGCGGCGGCGGCGACGAAGCUCGCUAAACGUAAGCGCGACGCCGACGGCGGCGAGGCCGAAGACGCGGGCUUCGAGAACUCGGGCGACGAGGCUCUGAUCAAGAAGGCGAAUAAGAAGAGGCGCAGGAAGACCAAGGAUGCGGACGCCGCCGCCGCCGCCGCCGCCGCCCCGGACGAGGAGGACGAGGGGGGCGAUGGAGGGUUGGUCAAGACGCGGAGCAUGCGCGCCGCAGAAAAGCAGGAGCGCAAGACGGCGGCAGUGUCCGGCCCGGUAACGGUCGACGUCGAAGCGAUCUGGGCACAGAUGCUCGCGGGUCAGACGGUGACGCCGCCGACCACCGAAGACAAGACCGCCGAGGAAGCCGAUCCCGACGGGGCCAAGGAGCCCGGCGCCGAAGCCGACGCGACGAAGCCAGACGAGGCCCUCGGCGGCGACGACCCCUCGGAUAUGAUACGCAUCAAACGGACUUACAACUUCGCCGGCAAGGUCCACACGGAAGAGAAGCUCGUGGCGCGCUCCUCGGCCGAGGCGAGGCUCUACCUUGCCUCACUCGGGAAGGACGCCGCGGAGGGCGGGGGGGAGGGGCAGGAGGAGGAGGAGGAGGAGCCCAAGCGGGUGCUCAAGAAGGCGUUCCGGUCGGCCUUUGAACCGGUCAUCGAGGUCGCGGGCCAGCGGUCCGACCUGAACCUCGGCGUGGCGGUGCGGAUCAAGGCGCGCGAGAAGGAGGCGCAGGCCAAGAAGCUCAACACGGUCGAGAAGAGCAAGAUGGACUGGGCCGGCUUCGUCGACAAGGAGGGGCUCAAGGACGAGCUCGAGCUGGCGGGCCGGGCCAAGGGAUCGUACGCCGAGAGGCAGGACUUCCUGGCGCGCAGCGAGGCCAAGAGGGAGGAGGAGGCCCGCCGCGCGAGGUUGGCCGGCCGCGUGCUGUGAGAUCGGGCCGAGUCCUGUUUUUGGUUUGGCAGGCCGUAAGGCCUCACUUCAUGGUACGGUUCGGCGUUUUUUUUAUUUUUU